AUGGAAAUGAUUCCUCGUCGGAUAGCACUGAAGCCAUAUGCGGCCGAGUUUCUCGGUACUGCCCUUCUGAUUGUCAUUGGAGAUGGGGUCGUCGCACAAUGUCUGCUGUCUGAGUACCAAUACGGCACCUGGCUCUCAAUCAAUAUCGCCUGGGCCUCUGCUGUGUGUCUCUCUGGCUAUCUAGCUGAUCCCAGCCCGUCCAUCAACCCGGCCGUAACUAUUUGCACGGCUCUUGUGCGUCCAUCUGAGGGACAAUGGAAGAAGCUCCCAGGCAAGCUAGUCGCUCAGUUCCUCGGCGGGUUUGUCGGCGCUGCUAUCGUAUACAUCAACUACCGAUCGGCGAUCAAAGCUUGGGAUCCCGAAUACACCAUUCCUGGAGGAUCAAUCCUGAGCCCGGUCGGCCACCAUUCAGCGGGCAUAUUCUCGACCUACCCAGGUGCCUACUUUGAGUCGAAUUGGGAGGCUGUAUUUUCCGAGGUACUGGGCUCAGCUGUGUUGAUGUUUGGCUGCCUCAGCAUCUCCGAUCCAGCCAAUGCCCGUCGAUACCCUGCUCCACAGAUCGCUGUCUUUUUGCUGCUGCUUAUGAUCGGAGCUGCUUUGGGCUGGCAGACUGGCUAUGCUCUUAACCCAGCUAGAGACUUUGGCCCGAGACUGUUCUCGGCUAUCAUCUACGGCCGAGAGGUCUUUACAGCGGCCAACUACUACUUUGUUGUUCCCCUCUUCGCCCCUAUCAUCGGCUGUGUGAUAGGUGCGGCGACUUACGACGGUUUGCUUUUCGAGGGUGAAGGAUCGCGCAUUGCCGAUGCGAUCGGAAAGGUUGAGGCUUAUGAUUAUCAUCGCCUGGAGUGA